GUGCUGCUGCUGCUUCCGCCAUUGCCCCACGAGGUUUCCAAGAUGGGAAAAAAGAAAGAAGGGGAUAAAUCCCCUCGGAAUUUCGAAAACAAUCGUUUCAACCGCUCAGAAAGCUACGGAGAUGACGAGCCGAAUUUCAGCGACGACGAGAACUUCGAGGACACCAUCACGGACGAAGAACUGCUCGCUGAGUUUUUGAUUCACCGUCCGAGGGAGGAGGACAGUUAUGAGGGCAUCAUCGUGGUGGACGGCGCCCCGCAGGUCGGGCCCGAGCGUCUCGAGAAGCUCAAGGGCGUCAUCAAGAAGAUGUACGGCAAGUUUGGGACCAUCAUCAACGAGUUCUACCCCACCGACGAGAAAAACGUCACCAAAGGGUUCAUUUUCUUGGAGUACAAGAAUCCGAGCGACGCCGUGGACGCCGUCAACGCGACCAACAACUACAAACUAGAUAAGCAACAUACUUUUCUCGUGAACCACUACAGCGACUUUGAAAAGUAUUCGAAUAUUCCUGACGAGUGGACGGUGCCCGAGCCUCAGGAGUACAAGGACCAGGGCAAUUUGCACUAUUACCUGCUGGACCCUGACGCGUACGAUCAGUACUGCCUCAUCUGCUCGUCCGGAUCUACGGUUCAAAUUUGGCAAAAUGCUGCGCCCGAGCCGACAGUUGUCGAGGAACGACCGAACUGGACGGAAACGUAUGUGCGAUGGUCGCCGUUAGGAACCUACAUGGCCACCUUCCACGCAAGAGGCGUCGCUCUCUGGGGCGGGCCAAAGUUCAAACAAAUCAUGAGGUUUAGCCACACUGGAGUGCAACUCAUUGACUUCUCUCCCUGUGAAAGAUACCUUGUAACAUAUUCUCCUGACGGACCGUCCGAUCAGCGUCGCGUGAUCAUUUGGGACGUCAGAACUGGUGCUGAGAAGCGGUCGUUCUCUCUAGAUGGCGUGUCCCUGUGGCCCGUGUUCCGGUGGUCGCCUGACGACAAGUUCUUCGCUCGCAUCGGCCAGGAUGUGCUCAGCGUUUACGAAACACCGUCUUUCGGUCUGCUGGACAAGCGGAGCAUCAAAAUCCCCGGCAUCCGGGACUUCGCGUGGUCGCCGACGGACAACAUUCUUGUCUACUGGGUGGCCGAGGACAAGGACGUGCCGGCGCGCGUGUGCCUGCUCGAGAUCCCCAGCAGGCAGGAGGUGCGUGCCAACAACCUGUUCAACGUGGCCGACUGCAAGAUCCACUGGCAGAAGUCGGGCGACUACCUCUGCGUCAAGGUCGACCGCUACUCCAAGGUCAAGAAGGAGAAGAACGACGCCAAGUACAGCGUCAGCUUUUGCGGCAUGUACUACAACUUCGAAAUCUUCCACAUGCGCGAGAAACUGAUCCCGGUGGACAGCGUCGAGAUCAAGGAACCGAUCCACGCGUUCGCCUGGGAGCCGGUGGGAUCCAAGUUUGCCAUCAUCCACGGCGACCAGCACAGCAUCAACGUUAGUUUCUACGGCGUCAAGCAGGGACAGCCUCCAUCUUUGCUCAAGAAAUUCGAAAAGAGGCAGUGCAACCACCUGUUCUGGUCGCCGACUGGGCAGUUCAUCGUGCUGGCUGGUCUGCGCAGCAUGCACGGCUCGCUCGAGUUCAUCGACACGAACGAGUUCGUGGUGAUGAACGCCGGAGAGCAUUACACGGCCUCGGACGUCGAGUGGGACCCCACCGGCCGAUACGUCGUCACCGGCGUCUCCUCCUGGAAACAGAAGGUGGACAACGGAUUCUGGCUUUGGUCAUUCCAGGGCAAGAAGCUGAAGAAGCACAACAUCGACGGCUUCUGCCAAUUAAUGUGGCGGCCGCGGCCGCCGUCUCUGCUCAGCGCCAAGCAGCAGAAGGAGAUCAAAAAGAACCUUAAGAAGUACACUCCGCAAUUCGAGAGCAAGGAUCGCAUGCGCUCCACCAGGGCUUCCAAGGAACUUAUUGAGAAGCGCUGCCAGCUGAUGAAGACGUUCGAAGAGUACCGCCAGAAGAACAUCGCGGCUUGGAAUGAAGCCAAAACUCGUCGUCUUGAACUUCGUAACAAUGUGGACACGGACGAACUGGAGUCUGACACAAAGAACGUCGAGGAGGAGGAGAUUGAAUUCUUGGUCAAGGAAGAGCACACUGUGAUCGAGGAGUAGUCGGCGUCGCGGUCCAGUCAAACAUUCAUCUUGGAAACCUUGGCAAGCAAGCACAAGCCGCGCCCGCCUCUCCGCCUCUCUUGACAGCCCAUCACCGCCGCUCACUUGUCAACUAAAAACAUUGAUUGUUGCACUCGUUCACUCACCCUGGUUAUUUGUUUAAUUAUUGUAAUUUAAAACUGUGAGGAUGAGCCAAGCCGAGUCGUCCAUCUCGCCGCCCGGCUGGCUCCUUCCAAUUCGCUUUUUUGUUUGCACUCGUCAAUUUGAAAUGGUGAACGGAAAAAUUUACCAUGCCCCCUACAGAUUAGUUUGAGUCUGGAACAAUAAAAUGUUUUUAGUUACUUGAAAGGAAAAUUCA